AUCUAAUUCUAGAUGUUCAGAAACAACUGCCAUCCAUCAUGUUCUGGGUUUAGAACCUGUUGCUCUUCAGGAGGUUUUUCCAUCAUGUUUGGAAAGAAAAAGAAAAAGAUUGAAAUUUCUGGCCCUUCCAAUUUUGAACACAGGGUACACACUGGAUUUGAUCAUAGAGAACAAAAAUUCACCGGGCUACCUCAACAAUGGCAUAGUUUGCUGGCGGACACAGCAAAUAGGCCAAAGCCUAUGGUGGAUCCUUCAUGCAUCACACCCAUCCAGCUUGCGCCUAUGAAGACCAUCGUUAGAGGAAAUAAACCUUGCAGGGAUGCUUCAAUCAAUGGCUUGCUAGAAGAAUUUGACAAUAUCUCCGUGACCCGUUCCAACUCACUUCGGAAGGAGAGUCCUCCCACGCCUCACCUGAGAUCCUCCAACCAUCUAGAAAUCCACCAGCAAGAAAAUGGCUUUGUCACCUAUUCCCAGUAUUCCAGCGAGUCAGAAACAGGGACUGAUUUCUUUGUCGAAAGGUACAGAGACAGAUGCCUUCGUGGGGAAGAAGCAGAUAGAUAUUCCCAAGGGAGCUGUGCUGUGAAGCAAAAUGGACACCUGGCCAAGCUGAAACCCAGUGAGAUGUAUUUUUCUGAAGCCAAGCCUUUGAAGUCUGACAUCUCUAGAUUCUUACCAGAUUAUCGCACUUCCUUGGAAACAAAAAGUAAACUGAAUGAGUACGGUGGCCUGAAGCUGGAAUAUCAGAGGGCGCCUAGUCAUUCUUCUUUGGAUUAUAAAGAGCCUUUUCAUUAUGCUCUCUCUAGAACUUCUCUUCACAGUCAAUACUCCAGAGAAGGACUAGAAUACAGUGACAGUGAGUGGUCCAAGGAUGAGUACGACAAAAGACCAAAAUCCUCCUAUGUGAGCCAGGCAAGUCCUCAACCAGCAAUGAGGCAAAGGUCAAGGUCAGGGUCUGGCCUUCAAGAGCCAAUCCUGCCCUAUGGAGCAAGUGCUUUUAAGUCCAGUCAGCAAGGGUAUUCCUACAGCUCCUACACCUACCCGCGAUUGUCGGAAACAACAGCAGGCGUUCCAAAGCUGGAUUAUGAUCGAGCACAGAUAGUAGUAAGUCCACCCCUUUCUGGAUCAGACACAUAUCCACGAGGCCCAACAAAGCUACCUCAGAGUCAGAGCAAAGCCACCACGUAUUCAGGUAGUGGCUAUCAAUACUCCGCUAUCUAUCACAAAUUCUCUCACUUUAACCACCAGCCUUCUCUGCAGCCGAGCUCACAUUAUACUUCCACAGCUUCUUACCCGAGCUCCCCCAGCAUCACUUCAAGUUCUUAUCCUCCGCCGAGCUGGGGUUCCUCCUCAGAUCAGCAACCUUCAAGGGUGUCGCACGAGCAGUUCCGAGCAGCUUUGCAACUGGUGGUGAGCCCAGGGGAUCCUCGAGAAUAUCUGGACAACUUUAUCAAGAUCGGGGAAGGCUCCACUGGUAUUGUUUGCAUCGCCACAGAGAAGCACACGGGAAGGCAAGUGGCCGUGAAAAAGAUGGAUCUCAGGAAACAGCAAAGAAGGGAACUGCUUUUCAAUGAGGUUGUUAUCAUGAGAGACUAUCACCAUGAAAACGUGGUCGACAUGUACAACAGUUACCUGGUGGGAGACGAGCUCUGGGUGGUGAUGGAGUUUCUGGAAGGCGGUGCUUUGACAGAUAUAGUGACUCACACACGAAUGAAUGAAGAACAGAUUGCUACUGUUUGUUUGUCUGUCCUAAGAGCGCUGUCCUACCUUCACAAUCAAGGAGUAAUUCACAGGGAUAUAAAGAGUGACUCUAUACUUCUCACUAGUGAUGGGCGAAUAAAGCUGUCAGACUUCGGAUUCUGUGCCCAAGUUUCAAAAGAUGUUCCAAAAAGAAAGUCACUUGUCGGAACCCCAUACUGGAUGGCCCCUGAAGUGAUUUCAAGAUUGCCUUAUGGAACUGAAGUGGACAUCUGGUCUCUUGGCAUCAUGGUGAUAGAAAUGAUAGAUGGGGAACCGCCUUAUUUCAACGAGCCACCUCUCCAGGCCAUGCGUAGAAUCCGAGACAAUGUACCACCAAGAGUGAAGGACCUACACAAGGUUUCAUCAGUUCUCCGUGGAUUUUUAGACUUGAUGCUGGUGAGGGAACCUUCACAGAGAGGAUCAGCACAAGAACUCCUGAGGCACCCAUUUCUGAAACUGGCUGGGCCUCCAUCUUGCAUUGUGCCUCUCAUGAGGCAGUAUCGGCACCACUAAAUCCGGCUGCUUUUGUUCAUUCGUUUAUCUGUUUUCCAGGAAACUAGUGAAGCAAUUGAGGUUGGGUGCUGCCAAAUCAGCAGCAAGUGGUAGCGAUCCGGUAAGAAAUAUGCCACUGUUGACAUGGCU